CCUAUCUCUCGCGCGGGGAAAUGGUGAGAACAGAAAUCAUGCGGUGCAAGCCGUCCAGGAACCCCUUGUUCGUGUCGUUGUUGUUGCUGAGAGGCCAUUAUGAUUCUGUGAACUCACGAAUGACACGUCGUUAUCUUUCCGUGCGUGCGCUCGCAUGUGUGUGUGUAUGUGUGUGUGUGUGUGUGUGUGUGUGUGUGUGUGUGUGUGUGUGUGUGUGUGUGUGUGUGUGUGUGUGUGUGUGUGAUCUCGUCCACAAAGAUUUUGCCGUGGUUGUUUUUCCUCUUUUCGAUUAUGUACGCUUUGUGCCUCUACCUUUGGCACGCAAACAUCAAAGCAAUCAACGACGGGAAACAGGGGUACUUCGACACGGGCGAAGAGCCAACAACGGAGGCCCCGGCGAGAUCGGGCAUCCCCGGCACGCCCGACGCCCCAACCAUCUAUCCGAUCCAUUACUUGAUGGGCUUUCUGUUGGCCCUCAAGUUUUGUUCGCUGCUUUUUGAAUCGCUGCGAUAUCACUACUUGCGCGUCACGGGGCACGCYGUGUUUUUCUCCGCAGUGUAUUACRCGUUUGACUUUUUGAAGGGUAUUACCCUCUUCACCGGUAGGUUCUUCUUCUUUUCGUUGUCGACUGUCAACAACAAUCUUUGCUUUGUGGGACUUGUCGGUUUGUCGUUUUGGGGGAGUCCGGAAUAUUGUCCCCACCGAGAUCUCACACGGUUGUGCUGUUUGUUCCUCCUUGGGUGGGRUGUUGUGGUCUCGUUGRUUUCGAAACACGCACAAAAUAAUGAUCGCAGUCGUUUUAUUGAUAGGCUCGGGGUGGUCCUUCGUGAAACCAUUUCUCAGCGACCGAGAAAAGAAAAUGAUUUUCGGAAUCCUGGUUUUGCAAGUCAUCAACAACAUUGCCAUAGUCGUGCUAACGCAAGAAACGGAGGGGGAGACCUCAUUUGAUACAUGGACAGCUAUAUUGCACUUGGUCGACAUCUUGUGUUGCUGUGCCGUUCUGAUUCCCAUAGUGUGGCAGGUCAAUCAACUGGAAAAGAACAUGGAUCAAAACAACCACAAAGGGAAAGACGAUUUCGACGAAAACGGUGGAUCGGAAGAAGCUUCGUUCCUGAACAGCAACGGCGACGACCACAUCCCCGAGGACGAACUCGACGACGUGCCGAUGGAARCAAGCAGCGGCGAAACCGAACGAAUCCCAGACGCGCGACUGGCGUCCAAGCURAAACUCUUUCGAUCCUUUUACCUGUUGGUGAUCGGUUACAUCUACACGACCCGCAUCGUGGUGUACCUSUUUUCGGCUACGCUCAACUACAAGCACACGUGGGUGAGUGUUUUUGUGGUGGAAUCGGCCACGAUUGCCUUCUACUGUGCCGUUGGGUAUAURUUUCGACCGAUGAACGAGGACCCCACCCUGCCUCAUCGAAGGCGGGGGCAGGAUAGCGACAAGGGAGCCCAGGUCGAGAUGAAGAAGAUCGAUACGAGCACCAAGGUCGCUCUGGAUUAAGACGAGGACGGGGUUUUGUAGGUGUACAGUACCGGUACAUGGCGCGCUUUUUCUUUAUAAUUACUUCUAGUUCAGAAACGAUACAUUUGACCCUUUUGGACUGGAAUAGGAUUGGACACAACGCGCGCAAACUAUCUUAGAC